UCCAUCAAUAUUUUGUCAGUGUAGCAUACGAGUUUUAUGAGGGGUGCCUGAACGCAACAUUUCACACAUCGUUUGAUAAUUGGUAUCCACGCCGACGAGCUGAGCAGGAGGGGAGCAAACCAUCCACACCACUGAAGCAGAGCAGAGCAAACCAUCCACCAGGACAUCUUUCUCUUCUUUUAUACAUUAUGGAGCAAAAACAAACCAUCAACUUCGGCGCUGGACCUGCAAAACUCCCCCAAACCGUGCUGCUUCAAGCACAGAAGGAGUUCCUCAGCUACAACGGCAUCGGUGUCAGCGUUCUCGAGAUGAGUCACCGAUCAGCAGACUUCAACAAAAUCAUGACAAAAACGGAGAGUCUCAUGCGAGAGUUGCUGAACAUCCCGGACAACUACAAGGUGAUGUUCCUGCAGGGCGGGGGGUCGGGACAGUUCAGCGCCGUUCCCCUCAACCUGAUUGGCCUCAAAGAGGACAGGUGUGCCGAUUACGUGGUGACCGGAACGUGGUCCGAAAAGGCAGCGAAAGAGGCAGGGAAGUACGGCAAAGUCAACAUCGUCCACCCGAAGCUGGAUAGUUACACGAAAAUCCCCGACCCCAGCAGCUGGACCCUGAACCCCUCGGCCUCCUAUGUGUACUACUGCUGCAACGAGACGGUCCACGGCGUCGAGUACGACUUCGUACCAGAAACAAACGGGGUGGUCCUCGUCAGCGACAUGUCCUCCAACUUCCUGUCUCGACCUGUGGACGUGUCUAAGUUCGGGCUGAUUUUUGCUGGGGCUCAGAAGAACGUGGGCUGUGCCGGAGUGACCGUGGUCAUCGUUCGAGAGGACUUGUUAGGACACGCUCUGAAAGAGUGUCCCAUUGUCCUGGACUACAAGGUGCAGGCUGAGAUGAACUCCCUCUACAACACGCCGCCGUGUUUCAGCAUCUACAUCAUGGGUCUGGUUCUCGAGUGGAUUAAGAACAACGGCGGCAGCGCUGCCAUGGAGGUGCUCAACAAGCAGAAGUCCUCCAUGAUAUAUGACAUCAUCAACGCCUCUAAUGGUUUCUAUGAGUGUCCCGUAGACGUGACUUGUAGAAGCCACAUGAACAUACCAUUUCGAGUGGGGAAGAAAGAGGGAGACGAAGCCUUGGAGAAGGAGUUUCUGGCCGGCGCAUCCAAACGUGGAAUGAUAUCGCUGAAAGGACACAGGUCAGUUGGAGGAAUUCGUGCAUCUCUGUACAAUGCUGUAACAGUGGAGGACACUGAAGCCCUGGCAACCUUUAUGAAAGAAUUCCUGAAAGAGCACCAGUAAAACAGCCACACUGAAAGCCAGCUGAUAUCGCACAUCUGCAUUUCAUGGCUCCAGCUUCAGAAAAUAAAAAAAUAAUCAUCAUGUUAACAUGAGAUCCAUGUUGGAUCUGGAAGCUGCACCUUUUAGAAGUGUUUUGUAAAACCCCCUUCAUUGGCCAUAAUAAGCUUUAACCAUUACUUUUGCCGGUAAUUUCUUAAAUACAUCUGUUUCAUAGAAGUACUAUUUUAAUGUUGACUAACAGUGCUUUAAUGUACAUACUGUAGGUGAUGCUUGUUACUUGCUCAAAAUAUAUUUACAUUCCAGUAAAACUAACUUGGCAAUAA